AUGACUACAUCUGGUAGCGCAGCCCUCCUUGCCGUCCUCGCCGCCGCCUCGAUCGGCAGCGCCGCCCCCACACCGCAGUUCAUCGACGAUGCGUACGACGGGCCAGUAGACGUCGUUGACGGUCCCAUCGACGCACCCUUCGACGGCCCGUGGAAGAAGUCGGCCGAGCCGCAGUUUAUCGACGACGGGCCCUUUGACGGACCCGUUGACGACGUGGUCGACGGCCCAUUUGCCGACGGCAACGACGGCCCAUGGAUCAAGAAGUCGGCCGAGCCCCAGUUCAUCGACGAUGGCUUCGACGGCCCCGUCGUGGACGAGUUUGACGGGACCAUUAUCGAUGGCCCCGUCGACGGCCCGUGGGUCAAGAAGUCCCAAGGGCGCCAGUAUGUCGACGACGGCUUUGAUGGCCCCGUCGUAGACGACUUUGACGGACCUAUCAUCGAUGGCCCCGUUGACGGGCCGUUUUGA